AUAUAAAAGUGUGUAAAAUUUUUUUUUUUGACAUUUAAAUUACAUCUGUUUUCUUUUCAUAAUACUAAUCAUACAUUUGCGUGUGUUGUAUAAUAAUACAAUAUUGAAGGGUUUUCUUACUCCGGCAUGGCCUGUGUGCGGUGUAGUUUGCGUAUAUUUAAAGUAAAUAAUUUCUUAGUUGCUAGAUCGAUUGCAAUGUCCGCUCAACGUCGUGCAGAGGAGAAACUGGAGAAGCUCAAAGAUAAAAAUCCAUAUUAUGAAAAAUAUGCACAAAAAUUAGCAAAUCUGCAACAAACAUCGCCAGAGGAAUUCCUCGAACGCGUUGGCAAGGUGGUCGAACCCAUUAAAGGUGGUAAGAGUCAAACAAGGUAUUCAAAAGCAAGUAAGAAAUAUGUUCAAGAUUUUAAAAGUAUGCCCUGUAGGACUUAUGAAGAACUACUGAAUCCAAAAAAACCGAGAGAAUUACAACCUGAAGCCGAAAUUCCUUACAAAAAGUUGACGGAUAUUAUGAAGCUGGAACUUAUACAAGACAAAAAUGCUGAUGAGAUAUCUAAGAUAUGGUUUGAAUAUCAUAAAACUAAAAACGUGUUGGCAGCUACACUUUCAGUGGGCCAGUAUGAAUCGCUCAUGGAGCGUGCAAAAUUAUUCCCAGUCUUUUUGUUGCCGUUGCCGCGCAGUGAGGGUUUUGAAUUUAUUAUGUUGCAAUUUGCUGCAAAUGCUGUUCAUUUGACCCCACUUCUGGCCUAUCAGGUACAUGCUGAAAACGCACCAGAGUGCCUUACUCUAGUUCACUACACUGAAAUGAAAGAUAAAGGAAUCAUACUAAUGAGGGGAGAGUAUGACAGCAAAGUGCUAAGCGGACAAGAAGCUCAAUGUUUAGCAAAUGAAUUACAAAUGUUUUAUUGCAAAAAUGAUGAAAAUAAACUCAAAUUGCUGGAAACAUUUACAAAACGACCACAGGAAUUUAAGCAUAUGGAUUUGAUUAAGGAAGUAGAAAAUAUUCAACUUGUUUAAGAAUAUUAAUAAAUAUGAAAUGUUUAUACUUUUAGAAUUGAAAAAUAA